GACGCCCACCCUCCUCGACACACAUUCCACCCACCAACAUGGCCGACAAAGAAGGCGCUGCUGUGCCGCCGCAGGCAAAAAGCUCGUGGUCGAGCUUCCUCAAGUCGAUUGCGUCUUUCAAUGGCGACCUCUCGACCAUGACGGCGCCCGCCUUUAUUCUCUCGACAAAGUCGCUCACCGAGUUCUCGUCGUACUGGACCGAGCACCCCUCCGUCUUUGUUGCCCCGGCCGCCGAACAGGACCCUGCCAAACGGGCCAUGCUGGUCAUGAAGUGGUUCCUGACGACGCUCAAGCAGCAGUAUGCGAGUCGCUCGGAGAAGCUGGGCAGCGAAAAGAAGCCCCUGAACCCCUUUUUGGGCGAGCUCUUUCUGGGCAAGUGGGAGGACGAGGCCGGCACGACCAACCUCGUGAGCGAGCAGGUCAGCCACCAUCCCCCAGUCACUGCGUACGCCAUCUGGAACGACAAGCACGGCGUCCGCCUCGAGGGCUACAAUGCGCAAAAGGCCUCGUUCAAGACGACCAUCAACGUCAAGCAAAUUGGCCAUGCCAUGCUCCAUCUCGACGGCUUCAACGAGAGCUACCUGAUCACGCUCCCCUCGCUCCACAUUGAAGGCCUCAUCACCGGCUCGCCGUACGUGGAGCUCAACAGCAGCACAUACAUCCAGUCGUCGACGGGGUACACUGCACGCAUCGACUACAGCGGAAGAGGCUGGGUGUCGGGAAAGAAGAACACCUUUUCCGCGGUGCUCUACCCCGAGGGCAAGGAAAAGGACGUCAUCUACAAGGCCGACGGACAAUGGAACGAGUCGUUCCAGAUCAAGGAGGCCAAGACCAAGACGGUUGUAGACACAUUUGACCACAAGUGCACCAGCACCACACCCCUCACGGUUGCCGAGAUUGAGGACCAGGACCACUUUGAGACGCGGCGGGCAUGGAAAAAGGUCUCGGGCGCCAUCAACCAGGGCAACAUGGAGUUGACGUCGGCCGAAAAGACGAUUAUCGAGACGCGCCAGCGAGAGAUGAGGCAGCAGGAAAAGGACGAGGGCCGCGAGUGGGAGCGCAAGUUCUUCUCGCGCGCCACAGAGUUUCGGCUGUUUGAGCAGCUGGCCGGCAAGAUUGGCGAGAGCAUCAACGACUCGCAGACGAAUGGCGUGUGGAGUUUUGACAAGCAAAAGGCCGAUGCCGCCACGCGGCCCUUUCACCCGACGGUCGUGCCUCCAAUCUACGAGCGCAAGUAGAUGCGUUGGACGAUUGUUUGUUAUGAGUUAUGAGUAUUGUGAUCAAAGAUCAGCACAAGGCAAUAAUGGUAAAACAGGAAUGUUGGGCGGCGUGCACAGGCAUGCUAUCAAGUAGUUCUACAUCGACCUAGACAUGGAGCAUCCAAUACACUUAAUGUGGCCUAGCCACGCAUCGCAAGUGGAUGUGAUUGCUAAGCAUUCUUGGAGCUGGUCCGCUUGUCGUUUCCAUGCCGCUCC